AUGGCGUUAUGGAGUGAGGGCUUAUCAGCUUUGAUUCGGGAUGCUAUUGAGCGAGGCAAUUUCCAUGGGGUUCAACUAAAUCGGCCAACUCCUAUUAUUUCACACAUUCUGUUUGCAGAUGAUGACCUUAUUUUCGGGGAAGCUAAGGCUCGGGUGGCUUUGCGAAUCAAGGAGUUGCGUGUUUAUGGUGAGAGUUCCAGACAGAUGAUUAAUUUUGAGAAAUCUGGAAUCUUUUUCAGCUCCAAUAUCAGUGAUGAAAAUCGCAGUGAUGUAAGAAGAGUGCUUGAAGUCAUGAAUGAGACGAAUCCUGAAAAUAUUUGGGUCUUCCUUCUAUUGUUGGCCGAAAUAAAAAAGGGGCUUUUGCUUAUCUUGGAUAGAUUUCGAAGAAGAGUUCGCAACUGGUGUGUAAAAGUCCUUUCGAUUAGAGAAAUAGAGAGUAUCAUGGCAAGGUUCUGGUGGCAGAAAUCAGAGGCUCAGAGAGGUAUCCAUUGGUUCUCUUUGAUGAAAUUAUGUAUUUUAAAGGAUGAUGGAUGGCUUAGGUUUAGAGCAAUGGGGAAAUUUAAUAUCGCUCUACUUGCUAAGCAAGGGUGGCGUCUUCUUGCUAACCCUUCUUCUCUGGUUGGAAGGUUGAUCCAGGAAAAGUACUUUUCUUCAGGGGACUUUUUGAGUUCGAGGCUAGGGGUGAAUCCAUCUUAUAUGUGGCGUAGUAUUUAG